GCCCGCCGCCCUUCGCACGGCGCGCUCCGCACCCCAGGGGGGGGGGCGUGCCAACAUGUCGACGGCUAUGAACUUUGGGUCCAAGACUUUCCAGCCCCGGCCCCCGGACAAGGGCAGCUUCCCGCUGGAUCACUUCGGUGAAUGCAAAAGCUUCAAGGAGAAGUUUAUGAAGUGUCUCCGUGACAACAAAUUUGAAAAUGCUUUGUGCAGAAAGGAAUCAAAGGCCUAUUUAGAAUGCAGAAUGGAGAGGCAACUGAUGGCCCAAGAACCACUGGAAAAACUGGGAUUUGGAGAUUUGACCGAUGGAAAACCAAAGGCAGAAACCAACUCUUGAUGGAGAGAAGACCUCCUGCUGCCAGGUGGUCCAGAAUGGAGCAUGUCGACAGUUUACAGUUAGGUGCCGUGACGGAGAGGAUUCCGGAACGCCCUCCUUGACAGACACAUCUUGACUUUUUUUUUUUUUUUUUUAAUGUGACACAUCUUGACUUGAUGUUUCCCAGGUUAUUUUGAAAACUGACUGGCUUUUAGAUCUCAUUUCCCCCCAGUAGCGUUAGGUUUUAUCUUUACAUGGUGUGUGGCAGAGUUCCUGAGGAGACCAUGGUGGGUGGGAGGUGGGAGUGCAGAGUCGUGGCUGCUUGGUGUAGGGACACGCGGUGUACAUGACACGUGUGGUACUGUGUGUAGCUUCUCAGUGCUGGCGUGCUGUGUGCUGUUGGCUCCGGCCUCUGCCACAGACGCAGACAUUGCCAGAAAUCAAGCCUUUCCCUGGCAAACUGGUUUCCUUUUUGUGCUCUUGUGUGCUGGUUCAUUUCCAGUUUUUGAACAAAGUACAGAAUAUGAACUUGGAAAGGAGAGAUCAUCUGCCUUUUGACAUAUUUGACUUGGUAACGUUUUUCUGGUAAUGCCCGAACACGAAGUACCUUUUAACCACAGGUCAUUUUCUGACCUGUGUGGACUGAAUUUAUAAAACUAGUUUAAUCACAAUGACCAGACUAAUGUAACUGAGGAACAGGUGUCAGGACACAUGUAGUUUGCCUUACAUACGUGAUCUCCUGUGUCUCCCUCUGGAAGAACACCCAUGCUAAGGUAUCAUCUGGCAGAGGCUUCUAGGGCCUCUGAGCAUGUUUCAAAGUGACAGACCUGGUGCCACAGCCCACAGCGCUGAUGUUUGGGCAGCCGCCACAAUUGCCUGAGGUUGUUUGAACCUCACAGGUAUCCAAACCUCCAGCCAGGAUUUCUGAGUAGUUUGAUAGUGGCCAAGGUUCAGAUCCACGAACAGAGUGACACACGUGUGUGUUGGGGGGGGUGGGUUGGGGCCCAGCACUGCCUUCCCUGGCUCUCGGACACUGACCCUAGUGGGAACAGCCAGCCACGACCCAGGUCUGGGCUCCCAAAAGUCACCAUCGCUCCCUCCUUGGCUGUGGUGGUAGAGGCGUGUCCGUGUCCACUCUCUGCCUUUACAUCCCUGUGUGUGCAGUCCUUCCAUGGUGGAUGCCUCUUGGCUUCGACCCUCCCUGAAGGAAACCACUCCACAGCUUUUCCAUUUCCAUAGUGUUCACUCUGCACCGUUCACCUGUGAGUAGUAGCAGUGCCUACUCCCCUCUGCGGUGUGUCACUGUUGGGACAUAGUCUCUGUCUUUCACUGGAAUUGCGCUACAGAUCUUUUUCAUGUUACUGCCCAGCUUAUGAAAGGGCUUGGCUUUUAUCACCAAACCAAGCUGAGCCAUGAAACUAGUUUGUGUUUGCUAACCAUACAGAAUUACAUGUGCGCGAGGUUAUUGAUAUGGCAUCAUUUAUAAUUGCACAACACUAGAGUGACCCAAAUCCCCAUGCGUACGAGUCUUGGCAGACUGUGGCUCAUCCAUAUUGUGGGGCUCAGUGGGGUUGAGGGGUGGGAUCUGAAGUGACACAGCUGACCUCACACUAUAGGCGGCACGUACACAAGAGAGAGGGGCAGACUCUAGAAGCAUCUGUAGUAACGUUAGUAAGGAAGACGGGAAACUGUUAAGUAUCUGUGUGUUUGUGCAGACAUGAAAUUGAGGAAGGACAUGCCAGCCGCUAAAGAGAAUGGUCUCCUGCAUGCAGUGUAGCUCUGACUGUAAGCUGCAUCCUGUUCCAUGCGCUCAGAAAUAAAGCAGCUAAGGGGACCCCACAUGCAGCUGCAGUGGCAGCCCAGCCAGACAUACAUGUGGUUCCUGUCGUGGUGGGGGUGGGACAGAAUGUGCCCAGCAGCUGUGGAAAGCAGAAGUUCGACGAGCUGGGGAUGAGAAGACAGGUUCUAAUCUCUGGCCAGAAGGUUUGCUUUCAUCGGCUCUGAAAACGAGCAUUCUAGGACUGGCGAACUGGGGAAUGUGGGGAAGAGCCGGGUCUUGGGAGUGCUGGUCAUGUCACAGAGAAGGUGGCUGGACAGAGAGAUGGAUUUAGGUGUGUGAGUGUAUCAGGGCGCGCGCACACAUCGGGGGGGCCUCAGGCCAUGACACCUGCAGCAGGUACACCCUUGAGCCAUGUAGGGCUGGAGCACCGCUCCCGACGGCCGGAACCAGGCUCCAGAAGGGACAGGGAAAUCCAACCUGAGCUUGGACCGUUUUGUGUCAGAAAGUAAGGAAUUGUUGGAAAUAAAAUGGCUUGUUGAAAGAACACAGUCCCCGCCAGGGAUCUACACCUGGGCCACUUUGAACAACAGAAUGUUGUACUGGGCUCUAGUCUCCAGAAUAAAUUUCUUCAAGUCUGCACUGAUGCGAGAGUAACUACAGGAAUGCACUUGUCUGCGGGACAGAGACAGCUCCUGGCAGUGGCCAGCCCAGUGCAGAAGCGGUGGUGAAGAUAGCAGUCACACUGCAGUGGCAAGGGGUGUGGAUGAGAACCCAUGGGGUCCUGGAGUCGGGGCCCAGUGUGUUUGCCUUGUCUGGGGGCAAGCCCCAGGGCACUCCGGGAUUCCCAAGGGAGCAGUAAAGAGAACUGUGCUCACCACUUGAUGACCUGCCCAGUGUCCCCUCUCUGAUGCCCUCCUGGAGUUUGUUUAUCUCAGCCUAGUGAGCAGACCCCAGAAUAAACAGACUUUCUGUGGAGUGAAGGCCAGUGCUCUUCACAAGUAUCAGGGUCCUGAGACAAAAACUGUGUUGAGGAGGGGUCAAAGGAGACAGAUUGGCUGCCAUGAGGGCCCUGGGCCAGGAAGGAUGGUGGCCACCAGCUGAUUACCAGGAUCCUUGGUUCUUGUGCUGUGAUUAUAUAAAGUGUUAUUUGGGGAAGCUGGGCAUAUGAACUCUGUCUUAUUUUUGCCAAUUUUUGGAAGUCUAAAAUUAUUUCAAAAUGAAAAAAGUAUUUUGCAUUAAACUGUGUGAUUGAACUUUC